UUAUUUAUUUACAUGGUUGAUUGCACUUUUUACCUGUGGUCGUUUAGAUUGAAAUCAACACGAAUAGAAUGGAAACAACACGAGAAACAUUGGAAUAAAUCAAUAAUAUUGUAUCAUGGCGUAUUUCAUUUUAAAAUCUAGGCCGUGACAUUAAACCUGCAUUUACCUACCCGUAACUUAUGAUGAUAGCUGACACAAUCACAAUGGCGGGUAAUAACGAUUUCGGAAGAUUUGUAAUAUUGAGUUUGACCUUUGGAUGCUGUUCUAUUUUGUUUUACGUCUACACACAACAGGAUUUAAUCCACAAAUUUGCAAAAAACUACUUAGUCACGAUAAAACAUUCUUCAAACGAAGCACAGUUAACAGGAAUAAACAAUUAUACGAUUUCUGUAAAGCCGUUAGAAUUACAAAGUACAAAACCGAUCAAUAAUUAUGUAACUAUGAAUUUUAAAGGUCGUCUAGGAAACGAAAUUUUUGAAUAUGCAUCAUUGUAUGGUAUAGCUAAACAUAAUCAGAUGAUACCUGUUGUUGACGAUAAAUUUCACCUAAGGAGAGUUUUUAAGAUAUCUAUCACUUCAGUAAAACCAUUGGCAAAUAUAAAACGCUUCCACGAGGCGAAAGCAUGUGCAUUUGACGAAAAGGCUUUCGUCUUGGACAAGAACUAUAAUUGGACACUUUCAGUAUACCUUCAAAGUUGGAAAUAUUUUAUUGAUUAUAGUAAUGAUUUAAGAAAAGAAUUUCGUUUUCAAGACUCUAUACAGACUCAAGCGGUACAAAAGUUUAAUGACAUUGUGAAAGCUAGAAAUAUAACAGACAAAUACAAAUUAACAUAUAUAGCUGUUCACGUUCGUCGAGGAGAUAUGAUGAAUAAUCGAGCUAAUGUCAAUUUAGGGUAUACAAUCGCAGACAUAAGUUACGUUAAAAAUGCAAUGUCAUGGUUCCAGGAAAAGUAUUCCAGUGCCUUUUUCAUUUUUGCCUCAGAUGACAUAGCUUGGUGUAAAGCUAAUUUCAAUAAAACAAACACAGCAUUUAUAACUCAAAGACAUUCUCCAGAGGUUGACAUGGCAAUACUUUCACAGUGCAAUCAUUCAAUAAUUACAACUGGAACUUAUGGUUGGUGGUCAGCAUGGUUAAGUGGCGGUCAAACCAUCUAUUAUAAAAAUUUUCCAAGAAACGGAUCAGGACUCGCAAGAUUGUUUGAUUCAAAAACAUAUUUCCCACCAAACUGGAUAGCUAUGUAACAUUUAUUAUAUAUUAAACUAAGCAUUGUUGUUUGUUGAAUAA